AUGUGGAGUCCGGCAGUGGGGUCGGCGGGGGCUGCGUGCGACACCGGGGGGAAUCACAGGGCUCGGUGGCCAGAGACGCUGGCGCGGGGCUGGGGCGGCGGUGCGCUCUGCUCGGUGGGCUCCACGCGGCGCCCGGGGUGGUGGCCCAUGGCAGCCCGGCGUUUGUUUCCCUCUGGCUCUCGGGCUCCAAGCCGGGCGCUGUGCCGGAGCCAUAACAAAAACAAAACCAAAAAACUGCAAGAAGUGGAGACCCCUCUGAGGGAGUUUGAGAAGUGCACACAGGUAUACAAAAAUAUAAAAUUGGUCCUCCAGGACAUCCUCUGUGCUAGGAACUCAGGCAAGGACACCUGUGAGAUGCUGUUGCUGCUGUUACCUGACCUUUCCCUGUCUGGGGGACUCUGUGCCUAUGACCUUAGCCCAAAGACUGAGCUUAAGGGCAUUGUGGGGGGACAUGAUGCUCCAGCUGGGAAGUGGCCAUGGCAGGUCAGCCUGUGGCUUUACAUAUCACACGACGAGAAAUGGAGAUUCAAAUGUGGGGGUUCCCUUAUCGACCGUCAAUGGGUUCUGACUGCUGCCCACUGUGUCCUUGGAUUUAAGCCUGAGGAAGUUCAAGUCCAAGUGGGACAUGUACAACAAUCAGAGAGUGACCACCUGCAGGUGACUAAGGUCAUCUGUCAUAAAAACUACCAUCCAAAACAGAAAAUAAGUGAGCAUGAUGUGGCACUGCUGAAACUGGUAGCCCCCGUGAAAAUCUCUAAGCUGGUCAACCUGGUCUCCCUACCUCCAAGGGGCCUCAGUCUCUCCCCAGGCACAAAAUGCUGGGUGACUGGAUGGGGUUACACCACAUUUAAAGAGCCACUGCCCAAACACAAAAACCUGCAAGAAGUGGAGAUCCCUCUGGUGGAGAUUCAGAAGUGCAGGCUUUUAUACAAAAACUUAUAUAAACCACGGGACAUAAAGAAAGACAUGAUCUGUGCUGGGUCUGCAGGCAAAGACUCCUGCCAGGGUGACUCUGGAGGGCCCCUAGUGUGUAAAUGGAAGGGCUCCUGGGUCCAGUUAGGAGUGGUGAAUGGAGGAGAAUACUGUGUUUGUCCAGGAAUCCCUGGAGUCUAUACUAACGUGGCAUAUCACUUGUCCUGGAUCCUUUCUCAUAUUCCUUCAUCUGUGUGA